AUGGGCCACACCCCAGCACCAGCGGAGAAAUCGCCUGGUAAUGCGUCGUUGAACACAGUCGAACGUGAUUCAGGGAAUUGGUCCAUGCCUCAAAGUACAAGAUCGUCGACCUACUCUACAGCGACAAAUGGAACAGGCAACCAGCCUACCCUCUCCUUCCUAACGUCGUCACAACCCUCGCCCCAACGUGGCUCAUAUGUUUCGGACCGAUCUCCUUAUGACCAGUCGCACAACACUACACCCCCGUCGGCGGGAGCCCAACCAUCGCCGAACUUUGCCUCGCAACCCGCUACCGCAUUACCCUCUCUAAACCAGAACUACGAGACCCCGUCCCACCGCAACAGUGUAGCGGACCCAAUCGAAUCCCGUCGGAGCAGCGUGGACAGCAGGAUGAACCAGGGAAUCAGCUCAUUGGCCAUCAACCCGACUUCUCCAUAUCAUAGCACGAACGCCUCGCAGACAUCCAUCGUAUCGAGCUUGCAAAGAGAGCGCGGAAUAGAUAACAAUGUAUACCGGGGGCCUCGCUACUCAGGGACUUCACCCUUGUCUCCGUUGUCAGCGCGGGAACACCGUGGGUUUGCGGCUGGCCGCACUGCGCCCGCUAUCUCGUCCAAUCCUCGCUCAGAAAUUUACAACGCCGAGGCACCGACCGCCGGUCUCGCUUAUGCCUUUCCCGACCCGGAUGUUUCGACGCGGCAGGAUUCGUUCGAUAGAGCGUCCUUCUCUCGCAAGCCGAGUGCGACGGAAUCUUUAUACAGCAAUUACUCCGAGUCACGAUUGCCUCACGGCCAACAUGAGCUACCCCCUAAUGUGCACCACCACACUUUGCAGCAUAAGCAAGUCCGUGGUCUAAUCGGGGAAGCGGAACAACAUGCUGGCAGCACCCCCUACAGCAGAACUCCGGAACUUAGGGUGACGCAUAAACUGGCUGAGAGAAAGCGUCGCAGUGAGAUGAAGGAUUGCUUUGAGGCCUUGCGUCUCCGUCUCCCAUCGAACCAAAACAACAAGUCCAGUAAAUGGGAGACUCUCACAAGAGCAAUUGAGUAUAUCAACACCCUGGAGAAACAGCUUUCAAGCUGCCGCAGGGACAAUGAAAUUUUGCUCCAAGAAAUUCAAGAAGCGCGACACCAACUCAAUCAGCAACAACCAAACGGGCACUCUCGAGCGGCGCCAAUCUUCGAGCACCACCCGAUGCCCGCGCAGACGAAUGGCCAGGUGCAAAGCCACGCGCACGGGCCAGUUUAUACUGGUUACAAUGGAGCGCCCGGCAUGGCAGAGGAGCAACCGCGUACUUUGCCUCCGCUGAUCAACGGCUCUGUUGCCCCCAUGCAAGGCGUGCAGUACAGUGACGACCGCCGAUAG